UCAUCUCGGUGUGCGGCGAAGUCAGAGUUGUAGAACAUGUCCGCCGCGAGUGCAAGCGGCUGCGGACCCGGACCAGGACCCAACACGGGUCCUGCGUCCGGGGUAUCAAAUCCGAGGAAGUUCAGCGAGAAAAUUGCCCUGCAUACACAGCGCCAGGCCGAGGAGACUGCUGCGUUUCAGGAGGUCAUGAUGGACAUUACUUCAACUCGGAUCCAGGCUCAGAAGGUGCGUCUGGCCAGGACUCAGGGCCCGUACUAUGGUGGCUCCCUGCCAAACGUUAACCAGAUCGGGAGAAACGCGCACGACAUACAGGGUGCGUUCCACUCCACCCUGGACUCCAGCCGCUCCACUCGGCACCACGGCCUGGUGGAGAGGGUCCAGAGAGACAGACGCUUCAUCUCCCCGAGCCGGCCCUACAGGAGACAAGUGGAUGCCUCCCACUGCAGCUCAUCGUACCUGUCGCCGCCGCCCGACCCCAGCUGGAGGAGGAACUGGUCCGGCACUUUCCCCUCGGACAAAAGCCAGUUGUUCCACCUCCCCACCACUGCACUGAACAGGACCAACUCGGACUCCGCCCUGCACACCAGCGUCAUGAACCCCCCAGGGGGCGCUGGGGACCCCUUCGGCACUGCCCACACGCUCACCCCUCAGCCCAGACGCACCGGGCUCGCGGAAGCAGACGGCCGCAGAAUGUUUCCAUACCCUGUGCCUCCUAUUGAGGAGAACGUCCUUGAUGAAGGAAAACUGUUGAAGCCAUGGGACACCAAGAAGUUUCCAAUGCCAUCCUCACGACCCAAGUCCUGUGAAGUUCCUGGCAUUACCAUCUUCCCCUCCCCGGACCAGCAGUCCAGCGCCCCUCACGUCCCCUCGGCUCUCAACACGGGGGGGUCUCUGCCGGACCUGUCCAGCCUGCACUUCCCCUCUCCGCUGCCCACCCCGCUGGACCCCGACGAGCCCGGAUACCCCUCGCUCAGCGGGGGCAGCAGCACCGGCAACCUGGCCAGCACGCUCACACACCUGGGCAUCCACACCAGCAACGCCUUCAACGCACCAGGUCUCUUGGCAUCUCUUCCGGGCACACUGAGCAACCCCUCCCUCCAGUCGUCGCAUAGCAACCCCAACAUCCAGUCGUCGCUUAGCAACCCCAACAUCCAGUCGUCUCUGAGUAGCAGCCCCUCCUCCUUCCCCAACUCUCUCAGCUCCGCCUCCCUGCACUCGUCGCUUAGCAACCCCUCGCUGCAGUCGUCCCUGAGCUCCUCCCCGUCUCUGCCCUCGUCUCUCAGCAGUCAGUCUCUGCGCUCCUCCCUCAGUAGCUCCUCGCUGAGCGGACAGACGCUGCAGCAUCAGCAGGGCAGCUAUGGCUCCGGCUCCGGCCCGGUCCUGGGCCAGCCCCCGGCCUCCUACGCCCCCGGCCUCCUGCCCGGUCACCACCCUCACCCUCACGCGGGGGGCCACCACCAGACGCCGCAGCUCGGCUCGUCCCCGCGCAGGCGGGCGCAGCUGUCGCCCCUCAUCCUCCCCAUGGGCAACGAGCAUGCCCGCCGCCACCACCACCACCACGCCAAGCAGUUCUCACCCACCAUGUCGCCAACGCUGUCCUCCAUCACACAGGGUGUACCUCUGGACACCAGCAAACUCCCCUUAGACCAGAGGCUGCCCCCCUACCCUUACAACCAGCAGCAGCCUAACCAGACGGGCUCCCCGGCAACGCAACACCCGCCCCACGCAGCCCUGGGAUCCCCCCAGAGUGCUCACCCUCAGGGCCAGACUCUCACCCCCCAGCAGCAACCCCAGGGCACCAUGCACCACCCACAGCCCCCCCAGCAACAACAGCCCACCCAGCAGCAACAGCAGCAACAACAACAACAGCAGCAACAACAACAACAGCAGCAACAUCAACAACAACAACAACAACAACAACAACAACAACAUCAACAACAUCAACAACAACAGCAGCAGCAGCAGCAACAGACGUGCCAUCACCAUCAGCAACAGAGGAUGCAACAAGCCAUGCAGCUAAACAUGCAGAACCUGCAGAACCUGCGCAAGACACAGAGCAUGCAAAUGCAGAUGCAGCAGCAGCAGCAACAGCAGCAGCAGCAUAUGCAGCGCACUGGACAAGGGGGUUCCCAGGGGGGUCAAGGUCACGGUCCAGGUCAAGGUCAGGGGGGCAUGGAAGUGUCCGGCGGCCAGAACGUCAACGUGGUACAGUGCAAGCAGGAGCCAGAGGAGCAGCGGACCUGCGGCGACCACCAGCAGCGUGAGCAGCAGCAGCAGCAGCAGCAGCAACAGCAGCAGCAACAACAACAACAACAACAGCAGCAGCAGCAGCAGCAGCAGCAGCAGCAGCAGCAGCAGCAGCAGCAGCAGCAGCAGCAGCAGCAGCAGCAACAGCAGCAGCGUGAGCAGCAGAACUCGUCCCACAUGGAGGCUCAGGAGCAGGGCCUGCCCCAGCUGCAGCAGAUCACCCAGUCCCUGGACCUCGGCCUCUAUAACGAUGCUCUGUUGUCCUUGUUGGAUGAGCCCUGGCAGCUGCAGCUGACUGGCAGACAGAACCAGAACCUGGCUCAGCAGUUCAACAUGGAUGGUCAGGUGGAGGGGCUGUCCUUCGGCCACGGCCUGGGCUCUGGUCUGGGCUCGUCGUCUGGUAAGGGGGGGCAGGACGCCUCCUACCAGGCCGUCCUGGACCUGCUGGAGUCAGCUGACCAGCAGCUGGGUCACCCCAACCAGAACUACGGAGGGGGCGGCCGCCACAACGUGCCCAACAUCAUACUCACCGGAGAUUCCCCACCUGGUCUGUCGAAGGAGAUCACCAGCGCUUUGUCUGGUGUUCCAGGUUUCGAGGUGGACUCGUUCUCCUGCGACGACCCGCUCCGGAUGGACCCCUUGGCGCUGGAGGGGCUCAGCAUGCUGACAGACGGAGACCUCCUAUUGGCCGACCCUGCCGUAGAGGACUCCUUCCGAUCCGACCGGCUCAAGUGACUGGAGAGAGGAGCGGAGAGGAGAAGAGAAGAAAAGAAGGGGGGUGGAGAAGACAAGGAGAGGAUGAGAGAGGACGGGUGCGUUAGGUGUUGCUGAGGGUGUAGAAGACGAGACGGUGUAGAAGGACCAGGAGGGAUAGGAGAUGGCCAGCAAGGAGGAGGAGCAGGAGGGAAAACGGGUCAGAACAUCAAGAGCUGUGGCGUUGGAAGGUUGAAAACUCCUUUAGAUGUAUGACGUUCAUUAUGUCUAACUGUCAUAAUAAAACGUAAGUUUUUCUUUUACUUCAGUCAUGUAAAAUGUGUAUCUUUUACCUGACAUGUUUCGACGGUGUAGCUUCCGUCUUCAUCAGAGGGUCACGUGGAUGUUGAUGCGUGAUGUGGAUUGACAUC